GGCUGGCGUCCGCACGCCAGGUUCCCGGCGUCCGACCCUCCUUCGCUUACUCUGCCCGCUCGCCCGCCCGCGCCCACCAUGGCCACCAUUCAGCAGCUGGUAGGAAGAUGGUGCUUAGUAGAGAGCAAAGGCUUUGACGAAUACAUGAAGGAAGUAGGAGUGGGGAUAGCUCUGCGAAAAAUGGGUGCAAUGGCCAAACCGGACUGUAUCAUCACUUCUGAUGGUAAAAACCUCACCAUAAAAAGUGAGAGCACUUUGAAAACAACACAGUUUUCCUGCAUCCUGGGAGAGAAGUUUGAAGAGACUACAGCUGAUGGCAGAAAAACUCAGACUGUCUGCAACUUUACAGAUGGCGCAUUGGUUCAACGUCAGGAAUGGGAUGGAAAGGAAAGCACAAUAACAAGAAAACUGGAAGAUGGAAAAUUAAUGGUGGUAUGUGUCAUGAACAAUGUCACCUGUACUCGGGUCUAUGAAAAAGUAGAGUAAAAAUUUCAUCAUCAUUUUGGAUAGGAAGCUGCGAGGAUGAAAAAGCUCAGUUCAAUGAGCAAAUCUCCAUACUGUUUUGUUUUUCAUUACUAUGUUCAAUUAUCUUUAUCACAAACAUUUUACUUUAACUAUUUCAGUGUUGGUUUAAUUAGGAUCAUCUCUUUGGUUAGUAAAUAAAUCUGUUUGUGCUAUA